AUGAAAAGAACAGUUGAUAUUUACAAAGCAAAUGAAAAGAAACCAAAACAGGCGAUAGGUAGUAAAUCAUAGACGUCUUAUGGAGCAUACUUGAAUAGUGAUGUUAAAACCAUUGCUAAAUUGUACUGAU